AUGUCCCGCUUUGAGCGAUUGCCUCAGGCCAUCCGCCGUAAGAUCCUUGGGCACCUACUCAUCACCGAACGUGUGCGACAGCUGCCGAACAAAUCGCUCGUCGAGGACUAUGCUUUUGAGUUGAGUGUGCUGCGACUCAACAAUGCUAUCAACAAAGAUGCCAUGAACGUGCUGUACGUCCAUAACGGCUUCGUCAAGGUCAAUUGGUUUUUUGAUCAGGCUCAGACGGCAUUGACCAAUCACGAAGUUCCUUUCUUCAAGCUCGGGAACUCGUGCGUUCACCACAUCGCCGAGAUCACUAUCACAUCGGACAAUUCCUUCUUGCUCGUACUGGAUGAUAUGGCAAAGUUCACUCGUCUUCUCCGUAUCCUCGACUUCGCCAACUUUAUGAGCUUCCAUUUCGACUUCAAGCUGCGUCAGCCACCUCUGCGUUCUUCUGCACCGACACUAGUGGAGCAAGAGAAGCUACUACUGCCCUUUGCGUGCGUCCGUGGUGGCGCCAUGGUCCAAAAGGUGACAAUGACCGGUGCGUUCAAUCCUGCCCUCGAGGCGCGCAUUAAAGAAGCCAUGACCCAGAAGGUUUCCUGGCUUCGUGGUGGCGCUUGGGAGCUUCACGACCUCACACUCUCUAUCAAACGCAUGGGUGACUUCGCAUGGCGAAUCGGCAACGCAGAUAUGGCACUCGCCAAGUACGACGACGCGCGCAACUUCGACAAGCAAGCGUGGGAUCAGAAUACUAUGAUGAUGAAUGUCGACCACAAAGUUCAUGAGGCUUUGCUUCGAGUUCACUGCACCAUGUGGACUGACAUCGCGUUGCUCAUGCUUACAGAUAUGGCUAUGAAAGUCAUGGGCAAGCGGGGCUACGAGGCUGUUCCGAACAUGACAACUCACAUAGAGGAUGCCAUCAAAUCCAACAAGAGGGGAGAGAUCGUCGUGCCCCAUGCAAUCAUUGCUCGGUUCUACAACAUCCUCGGUGUCGCGCAGUUGGGUCUUGGUCAUGCCGUCAAAGCAGGAGGAGCCUUUGCUACAGCCUACAAGACGAGUCCCCAGCAGCUUGCCAAAGACGGACACCAAGUCGCGAAAGAAUGGCGAGGUUUGAGCAAGAGGGCCCGCGAGAAGCGUCUCAACCUCCUCCUCGCCGCUUUACCCAAAGAGCCUCUCGACAUCCCUGACAUGCAAGAAUAUCUAACGCCUGAAGUUGCUUCUGAACACUGGGUUAUGCGCAAGCUUGGUCAUACAGGCCCCAUCCCCUACGAAGACAAAAUCAAACCUGCUGUCGCCAUCGUCAUGACUAUGAAACCGCACCCAAACAAAGCUUCACCCGGUCCUCGUACCGCACGUAUCGGAGAGGUGUGCCCGGAAGUCCUACAGAAGCAUGUCGAGAAGUUCCGCAAGAGGACCAACCAUCCUUUGGCCAAGGGUAGGUUGAUCUGUUGGGUCGCCCUGAACGCGGGUGAGAUUGACGAGCAGAGCAUAUGGGAUGACAAUUCCGAGCAAGCUUCUGCUCUGGAGAGUAUGGGUCGCAACGACUGCGCUAUGCAAUAA